GAAAGACAAGUAUGAAAAGAACUUGCUUUGGUAUUAUGUGGACAUCAGCUACAAGGGCACCCGCACGGAGGAGGACAAGGAAACCUUGAAAAGACAGACAGAUCUGGGGGAGGGUACCUCAAGCAAAGUGCCCUUGGGACUUGCAAGGGCGGAAACAAAAAGGGGCGGCGCAGCACCGCCCUCCGACUCAAGCGAAGGUGAUGACGACAUCAGUGACGACAAUGAUGAUGAUGAUGACGGUGAGAGUUCAUCAAAGGAUGGAAAGGAUUCGGGGGACUCAGAGUGUGAGUCGCGCAAGAAGCCACGUGGCAAGGCAAAGUCAAAGGGUAGAAAAAACAAGCGCAAGCGAGAUGAGCUAGAGGAGGAGAUGCCGGACGAGGACAUGGAUGGUGUACCCCAAGUCCUCGAUGAGAUCCUGAAGCAGCAGAAGAAGUCGAAGCUGGCCACCUGGGUCGCUGCUGUGAACAAACUGACUGUGCUCGCCGGCAAGACUACCAAAGGUGGUAAGGCUGCGCAGAGUAAGGGUGAGGGUGGUUGCACUAAGGGGUCGGCUCCAAAGCGCGGAGCUGCCAAGAAGAAGGCUGCUGCAAAGAAGUAG